AUGAACACAGCCCGAUCCCUUCGAUACUUGAAUUCCAUCAGUAGGAAUGUGCUGCCUAUAUCCAGUGCUCGAUUUGUACACGCCAGAAAUACUUUCAUCAAUUUUGUGCCACAACAGGAAGCAUGGGUAGUGGAACGAAUGGGAAAAUUCUACAAAAUUCUCGAGCCGAAUCUCUUGUAG